CUCAACACUCGUCCGACCGGCAUGCUCAAGGUGGUCAGUCAGAAUGGCAUGGUAACGAGAUGCAAGGUUGUAUAAGCAGUGAACAACGACAGUUUUCUGUUAUGUUUAAUGCUUGCCGACUGGAAUAAAUCAUGUCCUCCUCAAUUAUACGCGUUGUCAAUACGCUGCUAUCCAGGCAGAAUGCAGUGCCAAGUGCUGUAACAGCGACUGUUAGGUGUAGCCACUGGUUUGCGUCCGUGUUGUCAUUGAAGAGUUCGCCACCAUUGAGAGCGGAGCCCAGGAAGAAGAAGAAAGUGGACCCCCGGAGGGAUAUAUUGGCGCGAGAGCGCUUGAAGAAGAAACUGAGGAAGAUGGAGAAAGUCCCACCUGAGUUGAUCCCUAUUGAGGACUUCAUCACGCCAGCCAAAUGCCUUGAUGAAAUGAGGGCCCGCGGUGAGCCCCGCCUGGUCUUUGAGGAGAGUGAGCGGCGGGCGCUCCUGCUGAAGGAGUGGUCACGCUACAAGCACACCCAGCACCAGGCUGAGAUGGCCGCCAUCAGCGGGGCCCUGGAGGCCCAGAGACAGGCCCUGGAAGAGCUGAGGCUGGAGUCCGAGGAGCUCUACCAGGCCGCUCUGGCUCCAGACCUGGCCCUCCUCCCCUUCACCCACCAAGGCCCUGGCUACACGGCGCCCAUUGUGAACUAUGAAGCACCUGAGGGCAAAUACAAUGACAUCUCAAAGGUGUACACACAGUGAGGAGAUGCUGUAUUGCGGUUAUGCACAUCGCCCAUGGGUUAUCACUCUCCCUCUGAUUCUGUAGUCAGUGUCUCUUGAACAAAAAGAUGCAGAAUGUGAGCAAGUGAAUGUCGGAUUCUCUCCCCGCUGGUUGAUACUGGAGUAGUUUCAGACAUUUACUCUUCAAGAUGAAAACCGGAGUUAUUCAAGUGAACCAGAUUAUUGAUGAUUGAAAGAAAUCUCACUUUUUGGGUCUGUUUUUUUUUUUUUAUUUGAUAUGCAUUUGCUUUUGGAAAACAUAAAGCACUGUAAAGAAGGUUUUGUGUGAAACAUUAAAAAAGGCGAAGAUCA